AGAAGUCGAUACAGGUUAAACAUAGCGAGUUGCGCAGGAAUGAAUUUGAAAAUUAAAAUUGUUUUCCUAACAGUGCUAUCUAUAGCAAGUGCAGCAACUUACGAUGUUUUCCCGAUUCCCAGGAAAGAUGUUGCUCACCACGAUGGGUUGAAGAAAAUCGUAAACGGCCAAACGGCUGAAGCUGGCCAGUUCCCAUGGCAAGUUUCGAUCCGCGCAACUCUGGGUCGUUCGAUAACCGUUUGUGGAGGAUCAUUGAUUGCACCGCAAUGGAUUCUAACGGCAGCUCAUUGCGCUAAGGAUUACACAGCGUUCCAGAUAGGCUUAGGAUCUACGCUUCUGAAUGUCCCGCGGCUGACUAUGUCGACCGUGACCAAAAUAAUUCACCCAGAUUUCGACCCGAUCAGAUUGAACAACGAUGUCGCCCUCAUUAAGCUUCCAUCGCCAGUUCCAUAUAGCGAUGAAAUCUCGCCAAUUCAGCUUCCACCUCUGCGCUAUGCAGCGAAAAAUUACCAGAAUAUUGUCGGCAUAGUAUCCGGAUUUGGGCGUACAUCUGAUGCAAGCCAAUCAAUUUCGAGUAACUUGAAGUACGAGAACAUGCGUCUGAUAUCGAACUCGGAGUGUUCCACCGUGUAUGGGACAUCAGUCAUCAAAGAUUCGACCCUGUGCGCCAUUGGGUGGGACCAGAUCAACCAGAAUGUGUGCCAAGGUGAUUCGGGUGGCCCACUAGUUAUCAACGACAAUGGAGCCUUUUUACAAAUCGGUAUCGUCUCCUUUGUGUCAAACCGGGGUUGCAGCACUGGUGAUCCGUCCGGGUACAUUCGGACCACUUCCUAUCUACAUUGGAUAAGUCAGCAUACAGGGUUGAGCGUGCAGUAAUGAGUAUGUUCCAAUGCGCAUCAGUAAUAGCAUGCCCAUAACUUACGUUUAGUUAUUAUACAUCUUGGAAUAAAUUGUAUUGUUAUAAACUUCUA